ACGUCACACACGGGUUCUGUACUGCCAACGCAGCAAAGCAGAAACAGUAAAUCUGCGUUCCGGCGUCCUGAGGUUUAAUGUACAGACUCAGGGUUUCACAGUGAGCCAUAAAGCGGAAUAAUUUUAGAGAUUCGUCUUUAACUUCGCUCCUUUAUCUCAGAAGCGGCUCCUCCUCCUCCUCCUCAGCGCGGCUCUUCAUCAGUGAUCAGAUGGCAAGUCCUCGAACCCGACGUGUUCUGAAGGAAGUCAGGACUGAUGAUGGAAAUAAUGUGUGUUUUGAGUGUGGGGCAUUUAACCCUCAGUGGGUAAGUGUCACAUAUGGAAUAUGGAUCUGUCUGGAAUGUUCUGGGAAACACAGAGGACUUGGUGUUCACCUCAGCUUUGUGCGCUCGGUGUCGAUGGAUAAGUGGAAGGAUGUGGAGCUGGAGAAGAUGAAAACUGGAGGAAACGAGAAGUUCCGUCUGUUUCUGGAGCUGCAGGACGACUACAACCCCAACUGGAGCUUACAGGAAAAAUACAACAGCCGAGCUGCAGCACUGUUCAGGGACAAAGUGGCGACUGAGGCAGAAGGUAAAGAAUGGUCAAUUGAAAACUCUCCUGCUAAAAACUGGACUCCUCCUCAACCCAAGAGCACACUCUCAUCAUCACACCGCAGUGCAGCAGGUUCGGCUCACACAUCCUCACACUCUGAUAAAGCGUUUGAGGACUGGCUCAGUGACGAUGUGAACUCUUACCAAGGUGGAGGAGGCGGGGCUCAAGAGAAUCGUUAUGUGGGAUUUGGGAACACGCCCAAUCCUCCGAAAAAGGAAGAUGACUUCAUCAAUAACGCCAUGUCCUCCAUUUACUCAGGCUGGAGCAGUUUCACAGUUGGAGCCAGUAAAUUCGCAGCAGCUGCAAAAGAUAACACGGCGAAACUGGCCAGUCAGGCGUCUCUAAAGGCGGCUGAGUUAGGCCAAACUUUAAACCAAAGUGUUAUCAAACCCACUCAGGAGAAGGUUAAAGAUGGAAAGUUGUUUGAUGAAGUUACCGUCAGCUUCAGUGACUUUGCCUCCAAGGUUCAGGGGGCUGGUGUGAAAGGGUGGAAGGACAUGAGUUCAUUCUUCAGUGGAAAACCAGGCGAAGCUGCUGAUGGUCCUGCAGGGGGUGAUGAUUAUCACAGCGAGUCUGCCGGGUAUCAGAACAGCGAUGGCGUCGAUCACGGUUUCUGGGAUUCGUUUGGCAACAACGCUAACAAUAAGCCCAGGAAGUCCCCAAGCAGUGAGAGCUGGACCCAUGUGGAGAACUCGGGUGGGAAGAAGAGCUCGGACAGCUGGGAGAACUGGGGCUCCGACAACAAACACAGCACUGGGGACAGCUGGGAGAACUGGGAGAACCACUGGGAGAACGGUGGAGACAACAAGACCAAGAAGAGCCCUAAAGCUGAUGAAGAGGCGUGGGACAGCGCUAACUGGUAGAACAACCGCGUUAACAAGUGCGUAAAUGUGAACUGGAAACAAAUCAACGAUGAUGAAGCGUCAUGAGUCCUGUUCUGAUCCGCAGUCCAUCUCUUCACCUCCCACUUCUCCACGCACACCAUACUUCACCAUGAGUCAGCACUUUUACAGCUGCUGCUAUUUUGGGUCUGUCCCAAACUAUUAAAGUCACGAUGAAUGGUUUUAAUAGAAUGGUGGCCAUCUUGGCUCCAUCCUGAAUGCUAGAAUUCACGAAUUUUAUUUGUUUCGAUGUAAUAAAUUGAGCUGUGUUCACUUUUAUAGCUAAAGGUGAGCUACAGUAGCAUAACUAACCCGAGUAAGCAAGCUGAACACGGUUUAUAAUCAGAGUCAUGAAGAAGAAAGCUGUCAGAUUCUCACACUCCAUGUUUCUUCACCCCACACACACACGCACUCACUCCUAUCUUUGUGGAGACUCUCAUUGACACAAUACAUUCCGUAGCCCUUUAGGUUAACCAUCACAGCUAAAUACCUAACCCCGCCCCUUACUCUAACCCCGCCCUAAGCCUCAUUCUGUACUGAUCCCUAAAACUGAGCCUCAAUCCUGAAACAGCUCUUUGAAGAAGUGAGGACCAGAAAACAUGUCUCACUUCACAAAAAUGUCCUAAAAACACAUUCUGAUCCUCACUAUAUAACAAGUCCACACACACACACACACUCUCUCUCUCUCUCUCUCUCUCACACACACAGACAGGUGUUGUAGAUGUGUGUUUGAAUGCUCCUAUUUAAAUAAUGUUGUAUAAAUAUUGUUACACCGGUUGUUGUUUGUGUGUUUGAGGAUAAUUAAUUCAAAUUAAAGUGUAAUUAAUGUUCAUGAUUUUAAUUUCCUGCAUGUAUAAAAACAGACUGUGUUUGCUGUAAAAUAUCGAGCUCUUCCUCUUAUUCAAAUAAUUUACAUGUGUAAAGUUGCAGAAACUGAAACUUCUCUGU